ACAGUCAUCCCCUGACAGGACAGCGCUGGCAAGGGCUCCAUCCACGAUCCCAAAUCUAAUGGUGUGAAUGAGGAGGAAUCGGUGCGAUGUGGGGCUGUGCGCUGCCUCAAUGAAUAAUGUAGAUGGGCAUCAGCAUGCGUCUAUAGUCUCUGCGAAAACACGGACGCUGAGAAUCAACGCGCACAGCCUUUUCUGCCCGUUUAUCCGCGACAUCGAGUAUGGAAACGGGUCUGGUUGCGAAUCAUCAAGUGAAAAAUGUUGGAAGCGGAGAUCCCCCUCCUUCGCCUCAUCAUCGCACACCUCCACAGCAACAGUCGCAAGCAUCAUUCCAUCAGCAGCCACAGCAGCGAGCCGUGCACAACAACAACAACAACAUCAACCCGACACCCGUGCGCGGAGAUCGACAGCAGCAUGGAGGGAAAGAAAACGCUCUGGAGACGCAGGUCGAUCGCCAUCCGCGUUUGCUGAACACAAGCGACGAGGAGGAGCGCUCGUCCAAAACCGGGGGGGAUCGGAUGGGCAGCAGGUACGAGCACUCCAACUUUGGACCAACGAGCAACAAUAACAACAACAACAACAGCGGCGGCGGCGGCGGCAGCGCGUCCCAAAGCGGGAACAGCUCCGUUUCUGAGUUUAAUCAUUAUUACGGGAAUGGAAGAGGAGGGCCUUGCUUUGAUCAACAUGGCGGACAACAAAGCCCUAGGACGGCUUUAAUGCAUCAAGCACAGGGCAGCAUGGAUCAAGUGCAAAACUCUCACGAAGGGUACCAUAAUAAUCCGUACAACCACUACCCCAACUACCGGCCGGGGUACGGUGGCGCUGGAUACGGUAUGAUGAGCCCAUCGCGGCAGGGGAACAUGAUGGGCCCAGGUACCAAUUCGCCUACUGCCGCUGCUGCUAGUCAUGGCAAGGCUGCUAUGGCCUCUACUGUUACCCCAGCUCCCGGUGCCAACGUUGGGGGGUUUCAGAGGUUCCCCGGACAAAACCAGCAGCACCCUUCUGGAGCUACACCCACCCUAAACCAGCUCCUGACAUCUCCGAGUCCGAUGAUGCGCGGAUACGGCAGCGGUUAUCAAGAUUACAGUAACCCGCCGCAGCAGCAGUCCGGGAUGGGUUUGGGCAAAGACUUGAGCUCCCCGUACAGCCCAGCUGCCAGCCACGGCUGGGGAGCACAACAAAGAAACCACCCGGCAAUGAGUCCCGGGAAUAACGGGAACGGCAGAGCUCAGGUGGCACCCAUGGACCCUAUGGCCAUGAAGCGCUCUCAGAUUUAUGGGAUGGGCAACAGUCCCUACUCUCAGCCGGGCGGAACAUAUCCGGGGCAGCCAUACGGAUCACCCACUUCUCACCGAUACCCAAUGGGAAUGCAGGGGCGUGGCCAAGUGGGCAUGGGAGGGAUGCAGUACCCGCAGCAACAGCAGAUGCCGGCUCAGUACGGGCCACAGGGAAUGGGCGGCUACUGUCAACAGGGUCAGCCCCCGUACUUCAGUCCUCCACAGCAGCAGUCUGCGGCCCCCUCUCAACCCCCCUACAUGCAGCAGCGCGCUCCAACACAACAGGAGACUCUGCAGGAGGGAUAUGGUAGCAGGGGCCAGUCUGGGAAACCAAACCACGAUGACAUGGGUCUUACUCAGCAGGACCGCCCGUCCAGCCUCCCGGGGUUUGAUGACUGA